AUGGACCAAGGGCCACCUGACACCAAGCGCCCCCGUCUGUCGACUGGCCCGUCAUGGUCGGCAGGGGGCACUCACCACGGUGUUUCACUGCUCCAUCCUGCUCCCUCGCCCACCGCGGGCCAGCUGCCUCAUCAUCCCCCACUGUCGACCCAGUAUCAACAACCACAGCUUUCACCGCUUUCCUUCUCACGCCCUCUUGGCCCUGGGGAUCAUCCGCAUCCGCAUCCGCCGCACCCGCACUCACACCCACACCCGCACGCGCCUCCGCCAGCCGCGCAUGCUCCUCACCCACAUCCUCACUCGCAACCCCCGACUCCCCAUUCUAUUCACGCUCAGCCUCAGCCUCAGCCUCAGCUUCAUCCACCCGCGCCUGGAGCAUCACACACGGCCCUCGACGACCGACGACAACAUGAGUCGGAUCGGUUCCCGCCUAUGCAAGAUCACAGGCAGCCUCCGCACUCGCCGGCGCAUCCACCCUUCCCCCCCUACGGUCACCGGGAGCCCAUGAUCAAGGCCGACCCCGCCGGUGCGCCAGACGACAACAGUAUCCCCCCCCAGUUGCGCCGGCCGCUUUCCACCGGCGCUGGCGUCAGCGUCAAACCCCAGGACAGCAACAUGACGCCUGUGACACCACACUCCGCGGUACCUCCGCCACCGCACUCUCAGCCAUUUGGAGACGACAGACGCCACAUGAGCUUCGACAACGGUCCGCAACAACAACAGCAGCAACAGCAACAACAACCGCCGCACCAACAACCGCCGCACCAACAACCGCAGCAGCCGGUCUACAGCAGGCAAGCCAGCUACCAACCCCAAACCCCACUAUCACACGCUCAGCCCUACGACUACCCCCCGCAGUAUGCCUCGCACUCUGAUCUUCCCUAUCCGAUACAAGUCGCGGCCGCGUCCGGGAAGCGCAAAGCACAAAGGGCGUCCCAGGCAUGUGAUAUGUGCCGACAGCUCAAGGCCAAGUGCGACGAGCUUAAGCCAUGCAAGAGCUGUAAGGAAAAGAACUUCGAUUGCAAGUACCGGGAAACAGUCCCCAAACAGCAAGAUAAGAUUGCGGCAGACAUUCUUGAUACUCUCGUGUCAAUACAAAACAGGCUCGAGGCUCGAUUUGAUUCGUUUGAUCAGCGUAUGAGAAGGCUGGAGUGCGCCGUACUGCGCAAUGGGUCUCCCGGUGACCUGCCUCCUGACCCAAUGGUGGAAGACGAGGACCGGCCAGAUUCGGCGGCCUCAGCCCCCGCUACUGCUGCCGACGGUCAGAAUUCUGCCUCACCCGGCGAGGAGCCGACCGCGUUAUUACAGCCUCCCAUGAACAGCGUCGAGGCGAGGAGCAUCGCCCGGAAAAUGGAGGAAGAAAAAGAGGUCGAGCCUGGGCCAGUCGUACGACCGGGCGCUGUUUCUAUCCCGGUCAACCACACAACACUGGCCGCGUUCUUGCUCAGAUGGCGUCCGAUCGAAUUCCUUGUUGGCGACAUCCUCGAGUCCGAAAACGUCAAGUACAUUGGCGAGUUCCCCAUCCGACAGGAAGAGAAACGCGGCCUCUUGCGGAUCUGGGGCCGCGGCGAGGGCCUUGAGGCUAGUCUGCGGGUUGACAAGGCCGAUAAGGAAGCCCUCCGUGAUGCGGGCGUCAUGGAGAUGCUGGACGAUGUUUCGGACGCCGGUGCGCCUUCACCCGGGGAUUGUUGGGGCGGCAUUGGGAGUUCGCCAGCGCCCGUGGACGGUAAGCCCGUUAUCGCCCUACAGGCGCCGGAUUUCAGCGAAAGUGUGGUGUGGAAGUAUGUCAAGAGUUACCAGGAUAACAUUCAGAACAUGCACCCACUCAUUAUCCCGUUGGAGCUCAAGGCCAUGGUCAAGAUCUUCUUAGACACAGUCCAGCAGACAGCCAGCACCCGGUCGUCCCGAAACCCCAAUGUUGCCAAGUUCGUCGCCACACCAGCAGCACAGCCGGAGUCAGGUGUCAAAAGGAAGAGAUCUCCAGGUCCGGAAGGCGCCGAGUCCCCGUCGUCGUCCCCCAAGUCGUCCAAACCUGUUUUCCAGCGAUCGAUCAACAAUGCGCUGGUCCUCUUGGUGCUUGCUCUCGGCAAGGUCUGCCUCGUCAAAGACAAGAUUCCGGACGUGGUACCUGUCAGCGAGCCUCCGCAGCAUGGGUCACCCCUAGCACGGAACGGUUACCCAGCUUCCCCGGUUCAGGGCUCCUCGCCCUCUUACGCCACUCACUCUCAUUCGGCCGGCCUACCAUCGCCCAAGGACGGCAUUGAACGCCCGGGCCCCAGCAGACGAGCCUCCUUCCAAGGCGCGGGCACGAUGAAGGGAGCGACGUCCUUGAAGAGGAACAUGGAUGUGAUCCCAGGCCUGGAUUACUUUGCCUACGCGACCGAUAUUCUCGGCGGACAAAUAGCGGGCACGAGUUUACGACAUAUUCAUGCUUAUAUCCUUGCCGGAUUAUACCACGGGCAACUCGGCAGAGUCUUGGAAAGCUAUGCCUACAUCAAGGAAGCAGGAUAUGCGUUACAGGCUAAGCUCAGGCCGAGUCUGGACCGGUUCAGAAAGUUACAGGAACUCGGUCAAGAGGCUACAGUCACCGAGAAGUCGGAUAACCAGCUCGUCUUUGCGUUUUGGACUUGUCUUCAACUAGAAAGCGAUAUCAUCGCCGAACUUCCCUUACCGCAGACGCACAUACUAGCCUACGAAGAAAUCAUGCCGUAUCCCAACAUCCAAAUGGCUAAGAAUCUGGGCUUCGAAGAACUGGUUCUUCAGAGCUACCUCGCGCAACUCUAUCUCCGAAAGAAGUUGAACCAGAUCCACGGCAUGCUCUACAACCCUGAGAAGCCAUUGCCCAUUGACAAGGAGACGGGGACACCAAUCCCCCAUAUCAUCGACUACAUUCAAGAAACGAUCGAUAUGCAGUUUGUUCCGCCCGAAUUCAAGUUUGAGCGUACCGAUCCACCGGCCGGGGACAUUCUAUCAGCACGGUUACGGGCCAAGUUCUGGGGCGCCCAAGUCAUCACAUACCGGCCGUUUGUCCGGCAAAUUCUAGAGGUCAACUUCCAAAAGAUGUUCAGGGCGGAGGAUGAUCAGUCCACGAUGCCCAGGUCCGAUAUUCGAUCCGGUGUGAUCGUUCCCGUCCUCGGCCCGGACAACGAUAUCCCUCAGACGAUGAUCGACUAUGCCAUCAAGGGGACGCUAGCAUUGAUCGAAAGCACCCGUGCGUUCCACGGCCUCAAGGAGAAACGAUACGUGGUGACCAAUAUUUUUGGGACAGCUCAUGCGCAAUGGGGCAACCUUGUCACACUCGCCGCUAUAUUCCGCGAUCCGAUACUUCACGCGUAUGUCGACGAGAAUGUCCUUCGGGGGCUCUUCGCUCGGACGAUCUCCUUCUUCAAGAUCAUUGCACCGCCCAGCAGCUCCUUGCACGUCGAUCUGCGAAUCCUGGAAGGCCUCGAACGCAAGCUUUGGGGCCGGUCGAGCUACGCCGAUCCGAUGGACCAUCCCACUAGCUCGAGUUUCUCCAGCUCGGCAAGCGGUGGUCCUCCGCCCGCCCCAUCGAUGGGCCCCGCGCCUCCUCCUCCCAAUGUCCCCAUCGCCGGGCCUCCCGGAGUCCACUCCCCCAUCCGUCACCUCAGCAAUGGGAUGAUGAGCAUGUCCCCUCCAUUGCCAUCACCUCAUCUGGUGCCGAUGUCUGCGGGCGCCGUUCCAGGGCCGCCACCAAUGACUUCGCCAGAGGGGGCUCAUGGCUCACAUUCUGGACAGCAGCACCCUGGUAUGCUGCCUCCUGGGCCGCAUCAUCCGCCUCACUACUAA